UCACGGGAACCUGGGAACCAGGAAGGAAGCCACGUGCCGGGGAGAGGAAGGAAAGUCGACACGGGCUGCUGUUUUUUUCCUGUAGUUCAUAGCAAACUACUAUAUUUUGUGGUUCAGCUAUUUAAUUCACAUUAUCGGCUCAGGAGAAUAUUUCCAGCAUGUCUUCAUUCAGGAAAGCGCUGAAGUCGCGACAAAGACAGCACCAUGAGAGAUCCCAGCCUGCUUUCAGGAAAAAUUUGGGAUUGCUGGAGAAGAAGAAAGACUACAAACUCCGCGCAGAUGACUACCACAAGAAACAAAACACUCUUGCUGCUCUGCGCAAGAAGGCUAUGGACAAGAAUCCAGAUGAGUUUUACUACAACAUGAUCAGCUCUAAGCUGCAGGAUGGCGUCCACGUCUCGAAGAAGGCUGGCGAGCAGGAAGAGAUGACAGAUGAGCAAAAGAAGGUGAUGAGGACGCAGGAUAUCAAAUAUGUGGAGAUGAAGAGGGUUGCUGAGGCCAAGAAAAUUGAAAAGAUGAAGGCGGAGCUCCAUCUCCUGGAUGCUGAGAGCAAACAGAAAAACAAACACACGUUUUUUGUGGAUUCCAAGAAGGAAGUGCAGUCGUUUGACCUGGCGAGCCACCUGAACACAGCACCUGAGCUGGUGGACAGAGUGUACAACAGACCCACGCUGCAAACACUGGAGACUAAAAGUAUCCAGGGAGCUGCGGAUCCUCUGAGUAUUAAGAAAAUGGCCAAGCAGAGGAGGCACCAGUAUAAGAUCCUUUCCCAGAGAAUCGACAGGGAGAAGAAAAUGUUUGUCAUCAGCCAGAAGAUCCAGACCCGCAAGGACCUACAGGAUAAAACUAAGAAGGUUAAAGUAAAAAAGGAGACACCCAAUGCUGCAGCCGUUUACAAGUUUGAGUCCAAGAGGAAACGCUGAGAGGAGCUGCAUCGUCCCACUGUGAAGAAAUCAUCACCUUUGCCAGCUGAAUACCUGACAGAUAGUGGACUAUUGGACCACGGAGCAAAAUGGUCUGUAUGGACGCCCUGUAUUACUUGUUGUGGUCAGGGGAAAGACAGAACCAGUGUCUGCUCCUCAGUGGUGCAGCUAUGCAGUGUUUUGUACAUAUUUAUCAUUUAAUUUGUUUAGUUUCUUUCAAAUAAAAGGCAUCAAAAGAAAAUC